UAAUGUAGCCACUCUUUGUUCGCCCUCAUAGCUAUGGAAGAUAUUUAACACAACCGGAUACAUUUCUUGGAGACGUUAGCGAAUAGUUAGACCGUCCUUGGGCACAUACCGAUAUAACGUUAUUUAAAGCUGUUCAAGAAUAACGUUAGUUAAAUUUACUAAUAUCUGAAUGAAGGUUGGUACAGGGUGGUGGCGUUCUGUGGACGGUGACGGUGGAACCAGCAUUGGAAGUAGAAGCUAACCAGUUGUCACUAAGUUUACAUCCGCAAUCGACAUAUAUGCCGACCCUGAAGUGAUGAUGCAGAAUGGCACCACAGGAACACUGCGAUGUACCUUUAAGUCCAGUGAAGUGGUCAGCAGCGCCACCUCAGUGACCUGGAGUUUUCAGUCAAGUCAGCCCGACAGUCGGUUCUCCAAAGCCCCGUACGUGAUUUUCUACUUUUCCAGUGGGAAAGGAUUCCCAGGAUCAGAAGAAUUCAAAGACAGAGUGCAGUUUAUUGGAGACAUCAACAAGAGGGACGUCUCAAUACAGCUGAGUCCAGCUCAGUUCAGUGACAAUGGUACCUUCUUCUGCGACGUGAAGAACCCACCAGAUGUUACGGGAACACCAGCGCGAACAGAGCUCAGGGUUGUGCUGAAAGAGUCUCUUCCUCAGAACAACACUACCCUAAUAAUUGGAGCAGUCUUUGGUGCUUUACUUCUGCUCGUCCUCAUCGCUGCAGGUGCUUGCAUUUUCAUUAAGGUGCAUCACAACCGCCAUGAUUACGAAGGAUGUACGUCCUUCGAAAGCGUGAGCUCUCAGGCUCCGCAGCCACGAAAGAAGGUGGAGUCUAGCCUGGAGGGCUCCAAGUGUACCGUUCCCUUGGGUCCACUGCAGGGCCCGGUGAUAUACGCCCAGUUGGAUCACUCAGGCAGCAAAAACUCGUUCCAUAAGAUGGAGCCAGUGGUCUACGCUGACAUUCGUAAAAACUGAAGAGUAACUGGGGACCAAAAAAUAAAUGAAACACAGUAAAGUAUGAGACCUCUUUAUCAGCUGCUCUUGGGAAGGGUGGGAUUAUUUUAACAGGGACUAAUUGGUGUGGUUUUCCUUCUAUUCACAUGUCCUCUGAAAGCAUGAUGCUAUGAUAAAAUAAUGUCUCCAUGUGCUUUAUUGUAAAGAUAAAAAUCAAAGCAAAGGAACAGCUUAAUGAACACUCCAUCACAUCAGUCUUAAUAUUCUGCAACACGGGAUGUACAAAAUAACAAUGCAUUCAUAAAUAUCAU